AUGGGAAGUGGGGCUUGUCCUCCAAGCCCAAUAGUAUCUCCAUUGCAAGCAAAUAACUUAACAAGUGUCACAACGGAGACUUAUACUGAAGUUUUAUGUAAUGAUCAGUGGUUCAGGACUGGAGUGAUAGUGUGUGGAACAUUGAACAUUAUACUGACGGGAGUCGUUAUCAUCCUAACUAUCCACAUAAUUAGAACUCGUAAAAGAAUGCGAUCUUCUUAUGAAAAUAUGGACUUUAAGAAUUCUGAAUCUGCUGCGACAACUGGUGUUCCAAAUUUUGCCUAUAGCACAUUGAAUUCGGAGCAGCCUCGUCCUCAAAGCGUACAGCAUAACAUAGAACAAUCCAGUGUGUCUGAGUAUGUAGAAAUGACGUGACACAAGAAGUAAAAUUACGAUGCAAAGUAUAUGAAUCUUUCAUAACUUGAAAGUAAAAACAA